GUUCAUAACUGAAAUGGCGGCUUUCCUCUGAGACAACUACUAGAAGGCCAUUUUGGAAAUUUCAACCGCGUGUUUGAUGGAUAAGGUUUGAAAAUUUUUCGUUACUUUUUCUCGCCAAACAAACACAUGAAUGCAAUCUCAGCCUCCUUCAAACCAAACACAAACCAAACCCGACGGCAUGGAAGUUAAACGCCGCACUCUCCUCCGCUCUUUAGUAACCAAGCUCGGCUCCGUCUCCGAACAAACUCGAGCCGAGGCUCUCAACGAGCUCCGUUUCAUCUCCAAACAAGACUCCGAUAGCCGACACAUUAUGGCCGAGGCCGGCGCCAUCCCUUACUUAGCCGAAACUCUCUACUCCUCGUCACACGCCGCUCAAGAGAACGCCGCUGCUGCGCUUUUAAACCUCUCUAUUACAUGUCGCGAAUCUCUCAUGUCCACGCGCGGCCUCCUCGACGCUAUCGCCCACGCGCUCCGUCACCACUCCUCUUCGACGUCCCCUGCCACCGUUCAGUCCACCGCCGCCACGUUGCACAGCCUCCUGGUAAACGAAUCUUACCGUCCCAUCAUCGGUUCAAAACGUGAUAUUAUUCACUCUUUAAUUGAAAUUGUGAAAACGCGUAACUCUCAGGCGCGUUCGAUUAAAGACGCGUUAAAAGCGUUAUUUGGAAUCGCGCUUUAUCCUUUAAACCGCCAACAAAUCAUCAAUUUGGGCGGAGUUCAGCCCUUGUUUUCGUUGAUUGUUAACGACGGUAGAAUUGGAAUUGUUGAGGAUGCCACAGCGGUUAUAGCUCAAAUUGCAGGGUGUGAAGAGAGUUCAGAAGAGUUCAAAAAGUCUAAAGGGGUCAGCGUGUUGGUGGAUUUUUUAGAUAUGGGGACAGGCUGGAGUGCUCAAGUGAAGGAGAAUGCGGUGGCGGCGCUGUUGAAUUUGGUGAGUUAUGGAAGGGAGAGUGUCGGGAAGGAGGUGAGAGAGGCGGGACUGAAGGUGGCUGAUGGUGUUGCUCACGUAGCACAGAAUGGAAGCACGAAAGGGAAGAGGAAGGCCGUGGCAUUGUUGAAAGUAUUGCUUGAGGGAAAUGUGGUGAGAGAUUCACCCUUUUAUAGCUUGCUAAAUGAAUCAAAUUUAUCGUUUUGAAUUGAAUAGAUUGUUAUGUUUGUUUGUAUGUAUACAAUUAGGAGUUUAGAUAUAUUGAUACUUGAAAUACAGAUUAAAUUAAUUUGGUUCUUACGUUAUUUUGUUUGUAUAGAUGAUAAGAUUCAAUGUUAUGACAAUAAUAUGUAUGACUUUUAUUCUUCUUCUGGCAUAAUAAAUCUACCAGCUAUGUUUUAGUUGUU